CAAAAGAAUUCAAAUAUUCAUCCUCAAAUCAACAGUUUCACACCCAAUUUUUUCAUAUUUUUUCAAUAUAUAAACACACACACACAAUGGAAAUCACUUCAGUUCCAUUUCUGAAUCCAGAAGAAUACUCUUUGUUCUGCAGUUUCUUCCAAGAUUUCGAUAAUGAUGGUGAAACUUCCGUCAAUAAGAGACGAAAGAUUGAUGAAAAAAACAAAUCUUUGAGUGAAAUUCUUGAAGUUCUUGAUGAAACAGAGAUACCCACUUCGAAAUUCGAAAUACCCAGUUCGGAAUUUGAAAACAGAGCAUCGGAAAUGGGGGAUUGGGAACAGGGAAGGGUGAGGAAAGGAAGAAAUCAAUCUCCGGCGACGUUUCACGGCGGAGAAACGGCGGAGGACGGUGGACAGCGGCGGCGGCUGUGGGUGAAGGAGAGAUCAAAGGGGUGGUGGAAGUAUCUCGAUAGCGACGAAUGCUCCGAUGGCGAGUUUCGAAAAGCGUUUAGGAUGAGUAAAGGAACGUUUAAUAUGAUUUGUGACGAGUUAGAAUCGGUCGUCAUGAAAAAGAAUACUAUGCUUCGAAAGGCGAUCCCUGCUCGUCAGAGGGUCGCAGUAUGUAUCUACCGUCUAGCUACAGGCGACCCUCUAAGGACAGUGUCAUCGUUGUUCGGGCUUGGGAUAUCCACGUGUCACAAACUUGUCCUUGAAGUUUGUGCCGCGAUUCGAAGUGUUUUAAUGCCUAAAUACCUCCAAUGGCCUGAUCAAGAAAGGCUACAAGAAAUUAAAACAACAUUCGGGUCCAUAUCAGGCAUCCCGAAUGUCAAUGGGUCCAUCUACACGACCCAUGUAUCCAUAAUCGCCCCGAAAACCAAUCAAGAAUCUUACUAUAACAGAAAACACACCGAGAGAAACCAAAAACCGUCGUACUCCACGACGGUUCAGGGUCUGGUUGACCCGCGAGGCGUGUUCACCGACGUUUGUAUUGGGUAUCCGGGGUCAUUGUCCGACGAACAAAUCUUGGAAAAAUCGGCUUUAUCUCAAAGAUCCAAAUUGGGUAUGUUAGAAAACACAUGGGUGGUUGGUAAUUCGGGUUACUAUUUAAAAGAUUGGGUCUUGGUACCCUACACACAUCAAAAUCUCUCGUGGAGUCAACAUGCAUUCAACCAAAGACUUGAUGAACUACAAAUGAUAGCUAAAGAUGCAUUCAUGAGGUUAAAAGGGAGAUGGGGUUGUUUGCAAAAGAGGACAGAGGUCAAACUACAAGAAUUGCCCAUGGUGUUAGGGGCAUGUUGUGUGUUACAUAACAUAUGUGAGAUGCAUAAUGAGGAAAUGGAUGUGGAAUUGAGGUUUAAUUUGUAUGAUGAUGAGAUGGAGUUGGAUGGUAGUAGGGGUAUUUCAGUAAAUGCACUUCAAGCUAGAGAUGGUAUUGCUCAUAGUUUGAUGCAUUGUAAGUAGUAAUGAUGCAUUUUAACUUAAAAAUAUUUAAGAAACUUUUUUGUAACAAUUCGAAAGACAUCAAUAAAAUGAGAAUGGCUAGUCUUUACUAAAUUUAAA